AUGGUCGAGCAGAGCAAGUCGAUUUCGCAGUCGGCUGUGCCGGAAACAGUCUCAGCCUCUGCUUUAGCGUCGUCUCCCAAGGAGCAGCUCACGCAACUGCUCCGACCGCCCACCAUUCCACGCCAAGUUGUCGACCUCCGUCUAAAGGCCGCGGCCAAAAACUUCCUCACUGGAAGCUCUCGCACCAGGCCGCCUGGCUGUCCUAGCUGGCGACCCAACCCGAACGACCGACCCCUCGCACAGGCGUCCAGUCUCAGGCCGCCGAUAUGCAGCUCUGUUGUGCUAGCAGAUGCGGGUCCAGCAACGGCUUUGCCGGCCACCCUCGGCGCCCCCGAUCUCGCCCUGUUUCCACGGACCUGGCUCGUCAGCCUCGCACACCGUGCUCGGCCUCGCGCUCGCUGCUUGUUGCUCUGCAGACUAGGCGAAAUGCCGACGUCGAAUCGGCUGUCGACACAGCUCAACUACGACGAGCGAAACGAGCUCGCCAGGCAUCUCGUCGGAACGACGCCGCUGGAGCACCGCAGCUCAUCCUUCAACGCCACCGAGUAUAGGUAUGUACUCGCUGCUUGCAUUCCCGCAGCGGUCAAAAGAGACGCUUCUGGCCAUUCGUUGACCCCGUCCUCGCCCCCAUCCGUACCUCGUCCCAUCUAUCCACCAUCCACGGUAUCUCUUUCCGCCACCUUCCGCACAUCUCGACUCGCGAUGUCGUGUUGUACUCUCACUCGAUCCGACCUCGACGCCCCCGGCCCAUCGCGUUACGCGCAGCAGUCGAUCGCCGUCGGCCACUCUCGUCACCUGUCUUUGCCGAUGGCUGCCCCUUACAUUGCUCUGCCCCACCAGCAGCGCCUGCGAGCCGAUACGCCCCCUCUCGACGAUGAGAACGAUUACAUCAAGCCGCUCGACGGCCACAAGCCCAUCUUCCACGGCGGCUUUGACUCGCAGUUGAAGCAGGUGCUUCGCGACAUUGACAUCCACGGCUGCGAGGCCAACGGAGAGAAUGCUUUCUUCGUUGCCGACCUCUCGGAGGUCUACCGACAGCAUCUCCGCUGGAUGCGUGCGCUGCCCCGCAUCGUGCCCUUCUACGCGGUCAAGUGCAAUCCGGACCCCUACGUCCUCCAGCUGCUCGCCAGGCUCGGCACCGGCUUCGACUGCGCCUCCAACGGCGAGAUCGAGGCGGUGCUCAAGCUCGGCAUCAACCCGGCCAGGAUCAUUUACGCCAACCCGUGCAAGGCGGCCAGCUUUGUGCGUCAUGCCGCUGCCAACAACGUCGGCCUCACCACGUUCGACAAUGUGGACGAGCUCGACAAGAUGAAGCGCUACCACCCUUCUUGCAAGCUCGUGGUGCGCAUCCUUACCGAUGACUCCAAGAGCGCGUGCCAGCUCGGCCUCAAGUUCGGCGCGCCGCUGGACUCGGUGCCUCGUCUCCUGCAGCGCGCUCGAGAGCUGGAUCUCGACGUCGUCGGCGUCAGCUUCCACGUCGGUUCGGGCUGCUACGACCCCGACUCGUUCCGCGACGCCGUCCACCGCGCUCGUCGUGCGUUCGACAUGGGCAAGGAAGCCGGCUACACUUUUGACCUGCUCGACGUCGGCGGCGGCUUCGGCCACGACAACUUCGAGAUGGUUGCCGGCGUUCUGGGUCCUGCGAUCGACCACUACUUCCCCGACGAAGACUUUGCGCCUGGUGGAAAGCAGGUGGCCGGCAAGCCCAACGGACUCAGGAUCAUCGCCGAGCCUGGUCGCUUCUACGUGCACUCGGCUUUCGCGCUCGCGACCAACAUCAUCGCGGCGCGCCGAGGCGAGCCUACGGCUGCUGACACGGAGCCGGAGACCGGCAAGCCCCAAGUGAUGUACUAUCAGAACGACGGCCUGUACGGCUCGUUCAACUGCGUCAUCUUCGACCACGUUACCGUGCACCCCAAGGUGCUCACUCUCGGUCACGAGUAUGCCUACGAGCCCACCAUCGUCUCGCCCGGCGUGGCUGUGGACUCGGGCGACGAGGCCAAGGAGCUGCAGCCCUGCAGCGUUUGGGGUCCCACCUGCGACUCGAUCGACUGCGUUCGCGACCUCGUCCAUCUGCCCAAGGGUCUCCAGGUCGGUGACUGGCUCGUGUACGAGAACAUGGGUGCCUACACCAUCUGCGCAGCUUCGACCUUCAACGGCAUCCGCCGCUCCGAGAUCCGCUACACCCUCGGCGAGGGUCAGCUCGCCGAGACCGUCAAGCACCUCAUGCUUCAGUAA